AUGUCUAAUACUCGACAAAAUUUGAAUGGAGGCAUAAACACAAGCGGAAUAGAUUCAAGAAAAGGCAAGCGUAUAAAUGGACCUGUCACUGGUGCUGCUGUUAACACUACUACUACCACCAUUAAUAGUCAUAAACUUGCUACAAACAAUAUGUCCAUUGAUUCACGUCUUAUUCCAGGUAAUGAAAGUUUUAGAACUAAUCGAGAAGAACAGACUGUAAAUGAUAAAACAUUAUUUGGUCUUAGUCAACUAUGUAAUUCUAUGAAUCAUCAUAGAGAAUUGAUGGUUUUUGACCAAGUGAUUAAUCCACGUGAAAUACUUCAAAAUGAAAUACAACUAAGGAUUAUUGAUCUUCUUUCUAGUUACACAACAUUCAUAUCUCAUGACAAUACAAAUGAUCCACUUAUUGCUAAGCCAUCAGAAUUACUUCGACGUGUACGAGCUUUAAUGAGUGCUCUUAUGGACUUGGAAAAUCAUGUAUGCAUUGAUGUAAUUGGAUUGUUUUCCACUGUCUUCACUCAGCAUACUCAACCUGUGGAUGCUUUCCGAGGACAAUUGACAAUGACUGCGCAUUAUGCUGAAUGGUACUUGGAGAAUUUCAUCAAGCAUGCUUAUAUGGAUCAUUUUGUGUAUUCACCAUUGUUGAAAAGUUUUGUCACUUUGGUUUCACCAGAUGUUGUACGAUUUCGAGCUGAAGAUUAUGCUGAUUUUAAUGAACUUGUGGCGCUUACUGAACUCAUUGGUCCACUGGGCAUUAAAUUUAUAUGCGAUCGAUUAAUGCAUUCUGUUGGUGAUCGUGUAGACGAAAUCAAUAAACUAGUUCGCCAAAAUCGUAGUACCUUAGAAUCUCUUCGUGAAUGUAUCAAUGAUCCGGUGAAAACACGUCAACUCAAUGGAAGUCUACAAAAUUGUGAUCAACUUUUAAAUCUGUUAAAAGAGAUUGGUGUAGCACUGGCUUUUCGUAGAUUAUGCUUUGAAGCUGUUCAUUCUGUACUACAAAGACGUACUCCAUUCCUCUUGGACACUGUUCAAAAUCUUCGUGCACAUAUAACACAAAAAUCAAAUAACAAUAAUCAAUUAUCAUUAUCCUCAGUGUCUAGUUCUCCAAGUGAGAAUGGAAGGCAUGAAAUGGAACGUAUUUAUGCUCAUUUCAAUGAACAGUUAAUGUUGAACAAUCUAUGCGCUUCUGUUGGUAUCCCAUCAGAUCUGGAUUAUAAUCUAUGCUCAAUUCUAAAUAAUCGGCGUAUGGCUGCAUUGGCUACAGCAAAUCAAGCCGGUUUAAAUUUAACAGUAAAUGGUUCUGGUAGUUUAUCCUAUCAAGAAUUAGAAUAUCAUAUUGCUUGUCUAUUUGUUGUGUUUAUUGCUAACGCUUUCCCACGGUUAGCCCGUCAAGAUUCUAGUCUUUAUCGGUUAGAUUUAGAGGCGAAUGAGAAUAAUUGUCAUUGUAUUGCUUAUGCAGUGAAUACUUUAAUGGUCUCAAUGUUCUCUCUUCUGCGUCCUGGUGAUUUAGAAGCUCGUUCCAAAGAGUUUCUUGCUCUUGCCUCCUCCAAUCUGUUAAGACUUGGAUUAGAGACAUCAUCUUCCCUUUUGUCUUCCGAGGUCUGUGGUAGUAAUACUCAUACACUGUCAAGUUCUAGUCAUUCUUCACAGUUAUCUGCUAAAUACAGAGAUUCUAUAUACAUUGUAUUCGACAAUCUUAUCAGACAAUCACCAUGUCUAUCUGCUAGCCUACAAGAAUCCUGUUUCCCUUAUUCAUUGAUUCGUAGUGCUUAUCAUAGUAUUGCUAAGCUGACCAAUUCAUCAGGUGAAAUGGUUGGCGGUGUACGUUCAUCAAAUAUUAUGUCUGCGUCAUCUCAUAUAGAUGGGAAAUGUCGUGAUUGA